CGUAUUUCUUCGUCUUCAUUUUUCCACCUUCGACGAAAACGACUCCAAAUUCUCGAUCCCAAUGGCAGUUGCCAAAGAAAAACCGAAACUGAGCCAUCGAAAAUAAAACACACAACUACACACAGAGCUUUUAUAGUGAGAGAAAGCAACACAUAUUUUUAGAGAGAGAAAGAGAGGGAGAGCGAUUGUGUUUGCGUCAGAUCUGAAAGAUCCAAACUCUCCUAAUCGAAGCAUUGGAAGAUGGAGUACAUCGACAACUUGCCGGCAAUGGAUCUGAUGCGCUCGGAGAAGAUGACUUUCGUUCAGCUUAUUAUACCCGUCGAGUCCGCUCACAGAGCCAUCUCUUACAUCGGCGAACUAGGCCUUCUCCAAUUCCGAGAUUUGAACGCUGAUAAAAGCCCCUUCCAGAGAACGUUUGUUAAUCAGGUAAAAAGAUGUGCUGAGAUGUCAAGAAAACUACGAUUUUUUAAGGAUCAAAUUCAUAAAGCCGGUUUGCCUUCUGGGCUUCCUACUUUGCAGCCAGAUGUUGAUUUGAAGGAAUUAGAGAUUCAACUCGCUGAGCAUGAACACGAGUUAAUUGAAAUGAAUGGUAACAGUGAGAAACUGCAACAAACGUACAAUGAGUUGCUAGAAUUCAAGAUGGUACUGCAGAAGGCAGGUGGCUUCCUUAUUUCAAGUAAGAGUCAUGCAGUUGCAGAGGAGAGAGAAUUGGAUGAAAAUGUGUACUCCAAUGAUGACUAUGCGGAUACAGCAUCAUUACUUGAACAGGAGAUACGACCUGGACCAUCAAAUCAAUCUGGUUUAAGAUUUAUUAGUGGCAUCAUCUGUAAAUCCAAAGCUCUUAGAUUUGAGAGGAUGUUGUUCCGUGCUACGAGGGGCAAUAUGCUUUUCAAUCAAGCACCGGCUGAUGAACAAAUCAUGGAUCCAGUAACAACUGAAUUGGUUGAGAAAACAGUAUUUGUAGUAUUCUUCUCAGGUGAGCAGGCAAAAACAAAAAUACUGAAAAUUUGCGAAGCCUUUGGGGCAAAUUGCUAUCCUGUUCCUGAAGAUAUAACCAAACAGAGGCAAAUAACUCGCGAGGUUUUAUCACGUCUCUCUGAGCUUGAAGCCACCUUGGAUGCUGGAAUCCGUCAUCGAAAUAAGGCCCUUACUUCCAUUGCAUUUCACCUAACGAAAUGGAUGAGUAUGGUUAGGAGGGAGAAAGCUGUGUAUGACACAUUAAAUAUGCUGAACUUUGAUGUUACAAAAAAAUGUCUUGUUGGAGAGGGCUGGUGCCCAAUUUUUGCAAAAACUCAGAUUCAGGAGGCACUUCAACGAGCAACAUUUGAUAGCAAUUCACAAGUGGGCAUAAUAUUUCAUGUGAUGGAUGCCGUGGAAGAAUCACCGCCAACAUACUUUAGAACCAACCGAUUUACAAAUGCAUUUCAGGAAAUUGUUGAUGCAUAUGGUGUUGCUAGAUAUCAGGAAGCAAACCCUGCAGUUUAUACUGUUAUUACGUUUCCAUUUCUUUUCGCCGUGAUGUUUGGGGAUUGGGGUCAUGGAAUAUGCUUGUUGUUGGGAGCAUUAGUUCUUAUAGCUCGUGAAAGGAAGCUUGGUUCACAGAAACUUGGCAGCUUUAUGGAGAUGCUAUUUGGUGGCCGCUAUAUACUCCUUCUGAUGGCGCUAUUUUCAAUUUAUUGUGGGUUGAUAUACAAUGAAUUCUUCUCUGUUCCCUAUCACAUAUUUGGUGGGUCCGCUUACAAAUGCCGAGAUGGUAACUGCAGUAAUGCACAUACAGUUGGUUUGAUCAAAUAUCGAGAUCCAUAUCCAUUUGGUGUGGAUCCCAGCUGGCGUGGAAGUCGUUCAGAACUUCCUUUCUUGAACUCUCUUAAAAUGAAGAUGUCAAUUUUGUUGGGUAUUGUUCAGAUGAACCUAGGGAUCAUGAUGAGUUACUUUAAUGCACGAUUCUUCAGCAGCUCACUGGAUAUUAGGUAUCAGUUUGUGCCACAGAUGAUCUUUCUUAAUUGUCUUUUUGGGUAUCUUUCACUUCUCAUUGUCAUCAAGUGGUGCACUGGUUCUCAAGCUGACCUUUAUCAUGUGAUGAUUUACAUGUUUCUGAGUCCCUUUGAGGCUCUUGGUGAUAAUCAGUUGUUUUGGGGCCAGACGGUACUACAGAUCAUAUUCUUGCUUUCGGCAAUUAUUGCAGUUCCAUGGAUGCUUUUUCCAAAACCUUUUAUUUUGAAGAAACUUCACAUGGAGAGAUUUCAAGGUCGUACAUAUGGAAUCCUUGGAAGUUCUGAAAUGGAUUUUGAUGUGGAACCUGAUUCUGCAAGACAACAUCACGAGGAAUUCAAUUUUAGCGAGGUCUUUGUGCAUCAAAUGAUACAUUCUAUUGAGUUUAUACUUGGUGCAGUUUCUAAUACUGCAUCAUAUCUUCGGCUUUGGGCUUUAAGCUUGGCCCACUCGGAAUUGUCAACUGUUUUCUAUGAGAAAGUCCUCCUCCUUGCCUGGGGGUAUGAUAACAUCAUCAUCCGGUUGGUGGGGCUAGCAGUUUUUGCUUUUGCAACAGCCUUCAUACUACUGAUGAUGGAGAGCCUUAGUGCUUUCCUUCACGCCUUGCGUCUCCAUUGGGUGGAAUACCAAAACAAGUUUUAUCAUGGUGAUGGCUAUAAGUUCAGACCUUUCUCCUUUGCCUUACUAACCAAUGAUGAUGAUUAGUCCAUUCAUAUUUUCUUUAUGUUUCCACUAAUUUUGCGAAAGAAGAAAGUACAAAGAGGAAAACGAAGAUUUCCGCUAUAGAUGAAGCCAAGAAUCGAUAUCCAUAUUACCCAUGUUGGUUGGCAAGAAUUAUAAUACUUCUUCGCUCUAACACCGUGCAGCUCGAUUUUAACUUAGAAAUGUAUAAUCCCGGUUCAGAUUCUUUGGAUGUAUUGGUAUAAAAGGGUUCUGCCUGCUGUCAUUCAAGCUGGUAAUCAAGAGUUCAUGUAAUUUUUUUUUGGUUUUGUUUUGUUUUUAUUUUAACCCAAUAGAGGAUUAAGAUUCAGUUGUAGAGAGGGGGAUUCUUUAAGCGGUGUGCUCUUGGGUAUCAGUUUUAAUAGACGGGCUGAUCCAUAAAGUUUCACACACAUAAGCUCGCACAAACACACACACCAGUGUGGAUUUUGGAGGGAAAUUUUCUUAUGUUCUUUAUGUAAUAAUGAAUCACAUCCUUAAAAGAGUUAUGGUAUAGAAAAGUCCUAGUUGAAUAGUCA